AUGUCUUCCGAAACUGCCCCCCUCAACCCAAAAACCCUCAGCCUCCGCCGCAACUCCGCCACCCCCUUCCGGUGGAGCCUGGGCCGCAGACGGCCUAGGCUCCCCACCGUUCGCCUCGGCGGGAAAAGGCCCCGCCACGGCCUUUCCCUGCCGAGGCUCUGCAAGAAGGCCAAACUCAAGUGGCUAGAGCUCAAGUAUAUGAGCAUCCUCAAAAAAUUGAAGAAUUACUAUAAAGGAUUCAUGAAGGAUUUGAUGGAAGGGAGCACUGCAAUUGAGUCAUAUCAGCAACGGAUGUUUCUAGAAGCUUCUUUCGGUAUUCCAGUUAUGGGCCUUUCAAUGAAUAGUUAUCACUCAAGUAAUUAA